AUGUCAAUGCUUAAUACCGCCGUUUAUUUUAACUAUGUAACUGAAAUAAUUCAGUUACAACCGCAUCACAAAUUGGUUGAUAUUCAAAAUAUACUAAUAAACAAGUUUAACGUGGAUAUGAAUUUGUACAAUACUCAAUUUUUGGAUAAUAGAGUGGGUGAAUAUAUUGAUCUGGACGAAGAAUAUUUUAAUAAUGCUUCAGAUCUUUUAUUGUGGUCAAAAGACAAUGUAAUCGAAUUACAAUUAGUCUUGAAAUACACCGAACAAUGCGAUUCAAACGACCUAAACAACCAUCAUAAUCCCAUUACGACAGAUCAUAAAUCAGACCUCAACGACAGUGAUGAUCAUUUGUUAAUAUGGUUAGAUCAACAUAUUGGGAUUAGUGAAUAUUGUGUAUCUUUGAAAAAAGCUUUUGGCAUGAUGGUCGAUCCAUCUUCAGUUUGCGUAACAUGGGAUAUUAAACAAAUAGACAUAGAUGGCUUAAUUAGAACUCCAAAAGAAGAAUCUGCACAAAAUUUUUAUCGAUUAUUACCUUGUGAUAAGGUUGAAGUAUGUCUGGAACUUAUAAAAGCAAACGCGAACAAAAGAAUAAUUCUAAUAACAUCCGGUUCACUUGGUGAACAAAUUAUGCCGCAUAUUGACCAAUGUCCACAAGUUGAUUCAGUCUAUGUAUUUUGUGGUAAUAUAUCACAUCAUAUUAAAUGGGCUAUAGAUUAUCUUGAUGUUUUACAAAUAUUUGAUCAUGAAACAGAUUUGCUUGUGCGGUUAGUACGAGAUCUGUCAAAAUAUUACAUCCAAAAAGGACAAGUUUAUCUGCAGAAUGUGAGACCAACACAAGCAUUAGAUUGUUUUUCUUAUGCUAAACAAUUUAUUUUUCGAGCAAAUAGUGUUGAUCGUCGAGAUUAUAUAGAUGAUCUUCAAACAUUAGAUGGUAGCCCACCGCUUUACCAAGGACUCAUCUUUCAAGCUGAACAACAAUUGGAGAACAUGACUAAAUUUUUUUUGGAUACAUACAUUUCGGAAAAUGGCCCAGUGGACAUUUUUCUAUAG